AUGGCCGCCGGCUCUUCGCGGACGUGCCAGGGCGGCGCGAGCGCCUUCAUCCUCUACAACAAGUACAUCACGCUCUUCAUCGAGAAGCUGCCCAAGCACCGCGACUACAAAACCGCCCUCAUCCCCGAGAGGAAGGAGACGGUGAGAAAGCUGAAGGAAGUGGCGUUCCCGAGAGCGGAGGAGCUCAAGAAGGAGCUGCUGAGGAGGUACGCGCAGGACUACGCCGCGUACAGCGCGCGCAAGAAGGAGGAGGAGGAGGAAUUCGCGCGCAACUUGGCUUUGCAGCAGCAGCUGGAAGAGGAGAGGAACCGGGUCGCGCUCAUGAAGCAGCAGCAGGCGGAGCAGGAGCAGUUCCACGCCUUCGAGGAGAUGAUCCGGCGCCAGGAGCUGGAGAAGGAGCGCCUGCGGAUCGUGCAGGAAUUCGGCAAGCCGGAGCCGAGUCCCCAGUCUCUGGAAGGGCCCCUCAUUCCCGGCGUGGAAAAGCCCCCGACCGAUGCAAUCCCCAAGGUUCCCGUCUCUCCGGCGGAGCCCGCCAGCCCCUCGGCGGGAAUUGUGUCUCCCAAACCUCCGGCCGUGGACAGAUCCCUGAAACCGAGCGCCUUGGGGAGCCCGGAAAACAGUGCCAGGAUGGAUGCUCUGCGCCAGGUCGUCGUCCCCAGGGAGCUCUGCCAGAAAUUCCUGCAGCUGGCGGAUGCCAACACGGCGCGCGGCGUGGAGACGUGCGGGAUCCUCUGCGGGAAGCUGAUGAGGAACGAGUUCACGGUGACGCACGUCAUCGUCCCCAAGCAGCACGGCGGCCCCGACUACUGCAACACGGAGAGCGAGGAGGAGCUCUUCCUCAUCCAGGACCAGCACGGCCUCGUGACCCUCGGCUGGAUCCACACGCACCCCACGCAGACGGCCUUCCUGUCCAGCGUGGACCUGCACACGCACUGCUCCUACCAGAUGAUGCUGCCCGAGUCCAUCGCCAUCGUGUGCGCUCCCAAAUACCAGGAGUGA